AUGGCCCAACACUCCUAUAACGCCUCGGACCUUAACUCGGUCCUUCAGACGCUAUCCAGCUUAGCCGCACCAGCUUCUGCAUCACAGAAUGCAUCGGUUGAUCUUACGGAGUCAUCAGUGCCUAGACAGCGUCGCCCCGAGCAAAGUCAGACUUCACGCCGGCCUCAAGUGAGCCCUCCAAGCACACCAGCCACAGAUCCUGAGUCUAUCACGACUUGGCCAGCGGCGCUGCGAUAUGUUAUGCGCACCGUUGGUCAGAAUGAAGAAACCCAGCUGCGAAUUCGUGGCUUAAUUCGGAGUCAGCACAGCCAUGAGCAACAGUGGUGGAAGGGCCGAGAGGCUCUGCUUCAACGACAAAGAGCUCGUGGCGAUAAGAAGAAAGAGCUAGAUGCUGUCCUAUUCAUGGAUACUAAUCCUCCCCAGAAUCCCAAAGAAGACGAAGCAGAGCUGGCAAACUACGAUACCAAAGUAUAUAAAGCUUCUGUGAAAAUGGCCGACGCCCUUGUAAGCGAAAUGCGCGGGCUAAAUAUUCCUUUUUUCGUGAUAAGCAAAGAUUUCAUCAAAGAUACAUCAACUAUCGAAUCUGAAAACGCACCAAAAUAUGACGAAAGUGGUCCCUCCCGUUAUGGCUCGCCUCCAAUGACCAAGUCCGAGCUCGCCGAUUUGCAAAGGCGCAUGCUGGGAUUACUUGAGGACCUCUGCAAGGAAUGA